CUCUACGGCUGCUCCCCCCUCCCCCCAACUCAGGACUCCCCCAAGAGCCAGCUUAUCCCCCCAGCCCUUCUACCACACUACUCCCUGGCCGCCCCCCUGCCACCCGCCCCCGUGAGGCGUGGGGCAUGGCAUGGAAGGCCAAACGCUGAGGCCAGGCACCAUGGGCGCUGUACCUUAGAGCCCGGGUGGUGGGGGGGGAGGCUCGUGGUUCUGCCUGCAGGAGGUUGCUGUGCCUACUUCAGUCUGUUGGAGUGCUGGGGGAGGGGGGCAAUCCUGGAUGGAAUUGCAGUGAAUGGAACAGAAGCCAAGCAAACUGGAUUGUGGGUCUGACCCAGAGGAGAACAGGUCACUGGAUGGCAAGCGGAAAAGAAAGACCAGCCAAUGUUCCCUGAAAACCAGCAUGUCAGGGUACAUCCCUAGUUACCUGGACAAAGAUGAGCAGUGUGUCGUGUGUGGAGACAAGGCCACAGGUUAUCAUUACCGAUGCAUCACUUGUGAAGGCUGCAAGGGCUUCUUCCGACGCACGAUUCAGAAAAAUCUUCACCCCACUUAUUCCUGCAAAUAUGAUGGCUGUUGCAUCAUUGACAAGAUCACCCGAAACCAGUGCCAGCUGUGUCGCUUUAAGAAAUGCAUCUCCGUGGGCAUGGCCAUGGAUUUGGUCCUGGAUGAUUCAAAGCGGGUGGCAAAGCGAAAGCUGAUCGAGGAGAACCGGGAGCGGCGGCGCAAGGAAGAGAUGAUCCGCUCGUUGCAGCAGCGGCCGGAGCCCAGCCCUGAGGAAUGGGAUCUUAUUCAUCUGGUUACAGAGGCCCACCGAAGCACCAAUGCCCAGGGAAGCCAUUGGAAGCAGAAACGGAAAUUCUUGCCAGAGGACAUUGGCCAGUCACCCAUGGCCUCAAUGCCAGAUGGGGACAAGGUGGACCUGGAGGCCUUCAGUGAGUUUACCAAGAUCAUCACCCCGGCCAUCACCCGUGUGGUGGACUUUGCCAAAAAACUGCCCAUGUUUUCUGAGCUGCCUUGUGAAGACCAGAUCAUUUUACUGAAGGGCUGCUGCAUGGAGAUCAUGUCUCUGCGGGCUGCCGUACGCUAUGACCCUGAGAGUGAGACCUUAACGCUGAGUGGGGAGAUGGCGGUCAAACGGGAGCAGCUGAAGAAUGGUGGCCUGGGGGUGGUCUCUGAUGCCAUCUUCGACCUGGGCAAGUCACUCUCUGCCUUCAACCUGGAUGACACGGAAGUGGCUCUGCUUCAGGCUGUGCUGCUCAUGUCUUCAGACCGCUCGGGCCUGCUGUGUGUGGACAAGAUUGAGAAGUGCCAGGAGGCUUACCUGCUGGCUUUCGAGCACUAUAUCAACUACCGAAAACACAACAUUCCCCACUUCUGGCCCAAGCUGCUGAUGAAGGUGACUGACCUCCGGAUGAUUGGGGCCUGCCAUGCCAGCCGGUUCCUGCACAUGAAAGUCGAGUGCCCCACUGAACUCUUUCCCCCACUUUUCCUCGAGGUCUUCGAGGAUCAGGAAGUUUAAACCCCCAAUGCUGGGAAAUGAGGAGGGGCGGGGCCUGUGGAGCUGCAGGGGGUGCAGCAGGAGAAGGGGCAGGGCUAAGGGAUACCACCCUACAUCCCUCUUCUGUCUUUCCUUCUAUAUAUUUUUGCCUCCCACACACAGCCUAGCCAAGAUCACUCCUCAGAGAACUCCUUCCUGCCCUGGGAUCAGGCAAAACAAACAAACAAACAAAAGAAAAACCAACUCAAGAAAUUGAAAAAGGACAAUGCCAGUGGGAAGGGGAGUCCUCUGGCAAUUUUCAGGAGCCCCACCCCCCAGGGCAAGGGGAAGAUGGGGAGAAGAGAUGGGACAAGGAGCCAUUUGAACUGUAGGGGAAGGAUGGAGGGUUGUGGGGGGAGCUGCCCUCAACCCCUCCUCCCACCCAAAAAGCCUCCCCCUCUCCCUCUUAUUCCUUAACCCAGGUCCUGGACUAGGGCCCCUCUUUUCAUGCUCAGAUACCUGGGUUGCACAGAGAAGCCUCAGCAUUGGCUCCUCCUUGGGAGGUUAAAAGUUAUAGUCACUCUAACUGCACUUUGGAAGCGAGAGGGUAAAAGAAAGAAAAGUGGAGAAAAAAAUAGAGAAA